ACCUAUACAGAGUCGACCUGGAAUACGCGGAACUGUAGCUGAGAAAUUUGUUGAAUUAUUUAACUGGUAUGAAUCAGAUUUAGAAGAAGUACAGAAGAUUUAUGAAAAUAAUAAGGAGCACCCACAAACUGUACGAAAUGCACCUCCUGUAGCUGGGGCCAUUUAUUGGUCACGUCAAUUAUUAAAACGUAUAGAAGAUCCCAUGAAGAUUUUCCGUGAUGUAAAAGCUGUUACUCAGUUAACAGAGUUUGGCCGUAUUGUUAGAAUAUAUAAUAGACUAGCCACAGCUCUGGUAACGUUUGAAAGUCUAUGGUUUACACAAUGGAAGAAUAGAAUAGAUAUGGCUAAAAGUGGUUUACGUGCUACAUUAUUUGUUCAUCAUCCAGUUACUAAUAAAAUAGUCGUUAAUUCAGAUGAAAGAGUAUUAGAAUUGAUUCAUGAAGCUAAAUGGUUGACACGACUUGAAAUACAAAUACCUGAUUCAGCUAUGGGUAUAAUGCAACAAGAAGAAAGAUUUAAGAGUUAUAAAGGACAUCUUGAAUUAGUAUUAAAUGAAUAUAAAACAGUAUGUGAAUCUAUACCUGAAUCAUUACGUGAUUUAUUUACACCUCAUAUAGAGAAUGUACAACAACAAUUACAACCAGGUCUUAGUACAUUAGCCUGGAACAGCAUGAAUAUAGAUGCAUUCUUACAUCAGAUCCAUACAGCUACAUCGAAACUAAAGAAUAUACAGGAGAAAGUCAAUGAUUUAAUGAAGAAUAAAGUUAUUGGUGUUAUUGAUAUUAUAAACAACUUCUGUCUUUAUGAUAAUCGACUAGCUUUCUCACAGACAUGGUCACCAGUUGAAUUCCGUGAGGAGAUGUUAGAGAGUAUAAAAGAAAGAUCCCAACAGUUACACCAUAAUGUAGCAACAGUUGUAGAAGGUUUACAGAAUGUAGCUAAUUUACUUAGCACCAAAAAGGGUGAGAAUAAUAAGAAAGAUAAGAAGAUGUUGUUAAUUGUUGAUGAAGAAGAGGUACAGAGAGAAAAACAGAAAGCUUUAUUAGAAGAAUCAUUAGUCUUCAGAUUAAUCGCUUUUUACAGAGAUCAGGUAUUUGAAGCUGUUCUAAAUGCUGCAAGUCGAUCACUAGCAACACUAGCUGAUGCAUCAGGUUGUACUGGUGAGAUUGUACGUGCUCUGUCACCAGGUUCAGAGUUCUCUAGUGAAUGUAGCACACCAAGACCAUAUAGUAGGCAUGAAACACCAUACAGUAGAGGAGGAUCAGCCGUAUCAGAGAGACCCAAAUCAGGCAUGUCUGCAUUAUCUAAUAUGACUUGGUCUGGGGACAGUACAAUUGCAGAAGUCACAAAUUUACAAUUUGAGAUACAAGUCAAGUUUAGUAUACCAAAUAUAAUAGUUGAACCUCAGUUAGAUGUUGUACAGAAAGCUAUAACAGAUAUAUCUACUGCAAUUAUAGAAGCUAAUAAAGAUAUAACAUGGUUAGGAAUUGAUGGAGAAGAAGAUUUCUAUCCAUUAAUAACAUCAGAUGAGACUAUUGAACAAUUGAAGUUACAAUUAGCUUGUGUUAUAGAUGAAGUAGAUAGUCAUGUAAAUAAGCACCUGUUUCACUUUAGUUAUUAUAAUUUUCUAUGGAAGGAUGAUAUGCAUGGUAAUUUCUCGGAGUUUAUUAAUGCUGAUCCUGGUAUACGGGCUAUUAAACGUGAGGUAGAGAGAUUUCUAUCUAUAGAGAAGAAAGUAUUAGGUAUACCUACACUACUACCUGUUGGUCCGGUAUGUUUGUAUACGGAUCCUAUUAAAGAUGCUCUACAUGGUUUUGCUAUGGCCUGGAAGACCAAGUUUGCUACAGUAUUACAUGAAGAAGCUAAGAAAAAGUUAGAUAAUGCAGUAAGCUAUAGAGAGAAUGUAAGAAAGAGACUAGAACAGUAUGUACAGUCAUUAGAUCAGUUAAAUAGUUCACUACAUCUAUUAGAAGAUUUACGAGAUAUGGAGAAUAAAAUCGAUGGAAUAUAUCUACCUAUAGAAACCAUGUAUUCUAAACUAAGGGAAUUUGAGCUCCGUCUGCCUCGUCAUGAAGUAGAAGAGGUUGAUGAACUGCGAGAGAAGUGGCAGGAAUUGAUAGAACUCGCUGAUCAAGUACGAGAAGUGUUACUAAAGGAAAGACGAGGAGCAUUUGAACAGGAAUUAGACAAACAAGUCAAGACAUUUGUUGUGGAAGUAAUACAAUUCCGUAAUGCCUUUGAUGCUCAAGGUCCAUCAGUUCCUGGUAUUCCACCAGGAGAAGCUGUUUCACGACUUCAAGACUUUCAAGGCAGAUAUACAAUGUAUGACGCUAAACGAAAGACUCUCGAUUCUGUUUCCAAGUUAUUUGGCAUUCCUUGUAAACCUUUUCUUGAAUUAGAUAAAACUGGUGAGGAACUAGAUCUGUUGAGCCAGUUAUAUGGAUUAUUCCAGAAGUUUAUCAGGUUUGACAAUAGAUUUAGAGACACAUUAUGGGCAGACGUGGACUUAGAAGCUGCAUCUAUGGAGGUGGAAACAUAUUGGGAUGAAUGCUUAGCUUUACCAAGUAAACUCAAAGACUGGGAUGCGUACAAUGAUUUAAAGACUAAACUACAGACAUAUCUAGAAGUCUUCCCUCUACUUCACAAACUAGCAUCAAAGGAGAUUCGUAAUCGUCAUUGGUUACAAGUGAUGCAAGUAACAGGAAGUUCAUUCCAGUUAGAGGCUAAUGUAUUCAAGUUAUGUCAUCUACUAGAUAUUGAACUAAUCAAAUAUAAAACAGAAAUAGAAGAAAUCUGUAGAGGAGCUAGUAGGGAGCUAGAACUUGAAAUAAAGAUGAGACUAACAGAAGAAGAAUGGACGGAACAAGUUCUUAAUUUUGAACAUUAUAAGAAACGAGGACCCAUGUAUUUAGACAAGAUCUUUACUGAACGAUUGUUAGAACAAUUAGAAGAUGCCCAGGCUUUACUAGCCAGUAUGUUAACAUCACGUUAUAUCGGUCCAUUACGAGACGAAGCAGCUUCAUGGGCUGAGAAACUUAAAGAAGUGGCGGAAGUAUUGGAACUAUGGUUAGAAGUACAAGAUGUUUGGCAAUAUUUAGAAGCUGUUUUUAGCAAUUCUUUAGCUGUUAAGGAACUACCUCAAGAGGCAAAGAGAUUUGCCAGAAAUGAUAAAACAUGGACGAAAAUGAUGAAAAGAGCCUUUGAUACAAGAAAUGUGCUACAGUGCUGUUAUGGAGGGGAAGUACCUAGAGGUGUUGUGUUAAGACACAUGCAUGAAGAACUAGAAAUUUGUUUUAAAUCACUCGUUGGUUACCUAGAUAACAAGAGAAAAGCAUUUCCACGAUUUUACUUUGUAUCAGAUUCAAUCUUAUUGUCCAUAUUGAGUCGACCCAAUGAUCUGGAAUCUGUCAGACCUCAUUUACGGUCAAUAUUUAGUCAGAUACAUGAUGUUAAACUCGAAAAAUCUACUGACGGAGAUGAUGAAGAACUUAGUUCUGGUAGACGUCCUCAUACACCUGGUGGCAGCUCACCCCAUGAUCGUACUCGUACAUCAAGUGUAAUAUCACCACUAUCAAACCGUACUAAUACGCCACCUAAAAUAGACAAACGUCUAGCACAGGUACAUAGCUUAAACCCAGCUUCACUUCAGAAUAUACCCACUAUGUUACCAUCAGAAGGUUUAGUUGAUGAUGUCACUGUAAUGGAUGCUAAAGCCGUACAUAGUGCAGAUGGUGAAAUAUUGAUUCUACAAGAUGAGGUGAAAUUAACUGAUGGUGUUGAGUGUUGGUUAUAUAAAUUGAAAGAAUCUGUGGGUAAAAGUUUACAUGAGAUGAAUCUAAGUGUUAUACACGACUGUAAUAAUAGUAUAGUCAUGGAUGAAUGGGCUUCUAAGUAUCCAGCUCAGGUGUGUCGUAUGGGAAUGUUAUAUCAUUGGACUAAAGAAUGUGAACAAGGUAUAAGCGAUAUUAAAUAUGAUAGGAAGGCAUUACAGGGUACAUUACGUAAAUAUGUAACUCAUACCAGUAAAUUAUCAACUGUAUUAUCACGUGGAGCUUGGAAGACAAUAGAUGAAGUAAUGUUACCUGUACAUAAAGGCCGAUUAGAAUGUAUGGUUUCGGUAAGUUCAGAUCAAAACAUUUAA